ACAACAACAUUGAACAUUUGCCCUUGGUCUCCACCCCCCCUAACCCUUCCACAUCAGCAAAUGCUCUGUUCAUAUGAAUUAUGUCAUAGACGGGCCACAGUCACACACCAGAGAAUGGGCUCCACUGCAUAUAAAUCAGGUGGCCGCACAAGCAGGAGGUUCUUCUCCAGAGACUCCACACUGUAAUGCCAACUCUGAGCGACUUUGGACGGAACAAGGACAGUAUUUAUUCUUUCUGGUCACUGCCAAACUGCCCAGAGUAGGUUCUGUUUCGCGCCGGACAAAAGGACUGUGGAUGCAAAGACAAACUUUUGGGGAUUUACGCUGACGCUGGCACUGAUGCUGACGGAACUCCCGGACACGAGCAGAAGAGGAAGCAUGAAGCUCAGCAGCCACAAGCUGCCGUGGAUGGUGCAGUUCCUGCUGUACGGCACCUGCGUUCUGACCCUGGUGAACUCGGGGGGGCUGUUCGUCCUCCUGGUCCAGCACACGCAGCUGUCCGCCCGGCUCGUCCUGCUGGAGGGCCGGCUGCAGGAGGUGUCGGAGAGCUCCGUGGUGGAGUUCCUGUCCCAGGUCAGGGGCCCCGAGGAGCAGACGCAGGGCGAGCCGUCCCAGAGCUCACGCAACAAGAGGAGCCAGGAGCUGCAGCAGGCUCAGGAGGAGCUACUCCACGCCUCCCAGGGGGUGCAGCACGGACAGGGCGUCCACAGAGCGGAGCAGCAGGGGGACAUGAUGAUGAUGAUGACCUACUCCAUGGUGCCAGUAAAAGUCCUGUUAGACCUUUGUAACAGCACAAAAGGAGUCUGCCUCACUGGGCCCCCAGGACCACCAGGUUUGCCCGGCACUGACGGGAUGCCUGGGUACAAUGGGACAGAUGGGUUACCGGGACCCAGAGGAGAGCCCGGAGCAGAGGGGAGACGAGGGAAAAGAGGUCCUCCUGGGGAGAACGGUGAGCCAGGAGAGAGAGGAGAGAAAGGAAACCCUGGACCACCAGGAGAACCAGUCGAGGCGUCCAAUGACGUCCUCUUAGAAGGUCCACCGGGUCCACCUGGCCCUGCGGGGCCCCCUGGUCCGGCUGGACCCCCGGGUCCUCCAGGCCCUCAAGGACCGGCCCGGAACAGGACCCAUCGCGCUCACCAUCAGGCAGCUCAGAAAUCCAUCGGAUUACUCCACGCGAUUCCAAACGACUCAACUGGCAAAGAGGGAGCAAAAGACAAGGGGCCAAUGGCGAAGAAAAAAGAUUGCGUUAUAAGAGCGCUUGGCAAACCGGAGACCAUAGCCAAGAUGAAGAGCACAUACGGAGCCUGGAUGAGAGAUGCAGCUGUGCCUGAUGACGAGCGCAUCUGGGUGGCAGAGCACUUCUCUGGUCGAACUAUGCGGGAAUACAAGAACAUUGCAGCAUUCCAGAAUGGCAGCAGUGAUAGCAUCGAUGUUGACAAAUACUUUCAAGGCUGUGGUCUCAUUGUGCACGGUGGCUCAAUAUAUUACAACAUUGCUGGCACUUUCAAAGUAGCCAAAUAUGAGCUUCAGGCCAGAAGGUCACAUAUCCUGACCAUUGAAAAUGCACUGUACCACAAUCUGGCUUACCUGCUGUUCAACUCCAAGACUUACUUCAAAUUUGCGGUGGACGAGAACGGCCUGUGGCUCAUCUUCGCCUCCAGUCUCGACGACACCAUCAUGGUGGCCCAGAUGGACGAGAAGACGUUCUCGGUCUCGGCGUACAUCAACACCAGCUACCCCCGCACCAAGGCAGGGAACGCCUUCAUCGCAUGCGGGGUUCUCUAUGUCACCGACACCAAGGACAGCAGGGUAGCCUAUGCCUUUGACCUCCUGAAGGGUAAGCCUGUGAAUGUCAGUUUUGAUUUCAGAGCCCCUACAGGCAUCUUGGCCAUGCUCUCGUAUAUGCCUCGAGAGAAACAUCUCUUUGUUUGGGACAGCACCUACGUGAAAUCUUACAAAGUGCAUUUUCUCUCUGACUGAUGAGGUUAAAAAUGGGCUAAGUGAAUAUUCAGUAGUUGUGAUGAAUGAAUAUGAUGUUUCACUGUCUGGUGUGCACUAUAGCGCAGAGUCAUCUUUCGUUAAACAUUUUAAACUCCAUUUGUUUCAAUCAUUUUUUUGUGCUAGGCUGAAGAGGUUAGUAUGCUGUGUAUGACGUGCACUGUUUUCAUGUAGUGCUUUUAUAUUGUUACAUUGUGCAGUUUCAUGAUAUGCUUAUUACACUGGUAUGUUUUAUUCCUGAAAUGCAGCCCUAUAUCCAAAAGUGUAUUGUGAAUCUUGCCGGUGUUCACAUAUACUAUUAAAUUAUGUGAA